AUGCCAGGAUUUUUUUUUUCCCACAACAACAUGUCUGAAUUAAAUGGAAAAGAAGACUGCAAGAUUGCAGAAGGCAAAAUCCAUAAAAAGAAGCAAAAGGCUUUUGGUGCAGACCUCAAAAAUUAUUUGAAGUGCAUGGUACCCCAUAUCGAAUCUGGGAUCAAGACUUCUAACUCCAGAAAUGUCACGUUUUCUGCAGAGGAAGUAACACAGUGGUCCCAGUCUUUGGAAAAGCUCUUGGCUAGCCAAAGUGGUCAAGGUGUCUUUCGGGAGUUCCUGAAGUCAGAGUUCAGCGAGGAAAACAUCGAAUUCUGGUUAGCUUGUGAGGAUUACAAGAAAACCAAGUCUGAUCACUUACAGUGCAAAGCAGAGAGGAUUUAUGAGGAGUUUGUUCAGUCAGAUGCUAUUAAACAGAUCAAUAUUGACUAUCAGAUGAGGGAAGCAACAGCCAGAAGGGCUCAAGCCCCAACUCACACAAGUUUUGAUGAAGCCCAGAAAACUGUGUAUAUCCUCAUGGAAAGGGAUUCAUAUCCGAGAUUUUUGAAAUCCAAAGCCUACUUGAACCUUUUGAACCAGCUACAAAUCAACACUUCAAAAUGA